AUGAUUCAGCAGGUUGUGGAAGUGGCCAAACUUGGAGCAAUGUUUCCCUUCUACACUGUUAUAUACAUGAUUGCACCAACCUCAAGAACUGGCAUGUUCAUGAAGAAACCUUUCGUUAAAUUCAUUUGUCAUUCUGCUUCUUAUAGCUUCUUUUUAAUGUUACUCGGUAUGGCUUCCCAAAGAGUUGAGACACUAGUGAUUGAAAUGUUCGGUCCGGAUUGGAUGGUGGAAUUUGUUCAGGAAUGGAAGAGGCCAGAAAGGGGAUCCAUGCCAGGCGUUGUAGAAUCUUUUAUAAUUGUUUAUGUUAUAAGUCUUAUAUGGAAUGAAGCUAGAGCGCUAUGGUCUGAUGGAUUACUGGACUAUGUCAAUGAUCUGUGGAAUAUAGUUGACUUCAUUACGAACAUGUUUUACUGCACUUGGAUCUGCAUGCGAGCCACAGCGUGGUUUAUUGUACAGAGAGAAAUAUGGACCGGACAGAAUUAUGAUUACGCCCGGGAACAAUGGGAUAUGUUUGACCCAAUGUUGAUAUCAGAAGGAGCUUUUGCAGCAGGCAUGAUUUUCAGUUUCCUAAAGUUAGUCCACAUCUUCAGUGUUAAUCCUCACCUAGGACCAUUGCAGAUUUCGCUUGGUCGUAUGAUAAUAGAUAUAAUCAAGUUCUUCUUCAUAUAUACACUCGUUUUGUUCGCUUUCGGAUGUGGUUUGAAUCAACUAAUGUGGUACUAUGCUGAUCUAGAAAAAUCUAAAUGUUAUCAUAACGUUGAUGGUCCUGCAGAUUUCGAUACCCAGGAAAGGGCGUGCUCGAUAUGGAGGAGAUUUGCUAAUUUGUUCGAGACCUCACAAUCACUUUUCUGGGCUAGCUUCGGUCUUGUCGACUUAACCAAUUUUGAACUGACAGGAAUUAAAGGAUUCACCAGAUUUUGGGCUCUCCUCAUGUUUGGAUCAUAUUCCGUCAUCAACAUCAUUGUACUGCUUAAUAUGCUCAUCGCUAUGAUGUCCAAUUCUUAUCAGAUUAUUUCGGAAAGGUCGGAUGUUGAAUGGAAGUUUGCAAGAUCGAAGUUGUGGGUGAGUUAUUUUGAAGAAGGUGACACUAUACCUCCCCCUUUCAACUUACUACCAAGUGCCAUGGUUUUUAUUAACUUAUUUCGUUGCGGUGAUGCAUCAAAAAGGACAGAUUCCAUGGUGAAAAAAUCAAGAACACAAGCACAGAAUAAGUACGAAGCUGUAAUGAGACUUCUAGUGAGGCGCUACGUAACCGCAGAACAGAGAAAAAGGGAUGAGGUUGGCAUCACUGAAGAUGAUGUAAUGGAAAUCAGGCAAGACAUAUCCACUCUUCGCUUUGAAUUAAUCGAUAUUCUACAUAACAACGGCAUGAAGACGCCAAAAAUUGAUCCUAAAGACAGCACAGUUCCAGGUAAAAAAGGCAGAGUUAUGGAGAGAAGACUUCUUAAAGAUUUUCAAAUUGGAUUUGUUGAAGGUAUUAUAAACGAAGCACUUCAAACGGACAAAGAACCAAAGGAUGUAUUUUCAAAAAUCGCUAGAGCCAUCGGUAGGAGGUCUUCGUCACAAAAGAGCAAGAAAGACUGGAAUGCACUUGUAAGAAAGGGGACAUUGAAACGAGAUCCAAUUGGGAGUGCAAGUGAGGCCAUAGCAAGGAAGUCAAGACAGAGUGCCAGAAAAUACAUUAUCGAGAACCAGAGUUCCUCCCUUACCACGAUUGACACCGAGAAACUUUUAGAAUACAAUCCAAACCUUUCUCUUGUUUCACCGGCUGCCAGGAUCGCUUAUACAAAAUUUAAGCUGACCAAAAUAAAGAACGAAUACAGCAAGAGGGAAGCUGCUGGAAGCGAGACAUGUUCUGAAAACACAUUUGAGAUGUCUGAUCCGGUUGAAGAAGAUGGUAAUAUGAUACAACCACCAAUACCAGAAAAGAAGGAGAUGUCCAAGCAAGAUCAAUCGACAACCCAGUCGUUUAGAGCGAGAACCCCGAUAGCUGAAGAUCCAAGAGAAGAUCUCAUGACGCCUGUAGAAGAUGAUAAGACUUUGAGUGCUGGAGAAGUAACAUGUUCAGAGGGGUUUAUAAAAGAUUCCUUUGAAACAGUAACCCCAGAAGAAACGUCACCACCUUCGCCUCCACCGCCUCCAAAAAAGCAACCCCCAAAACCAGGAACUUGGUUCUAA